AUGCCGGCAGGCAAAUAGCUGGAUAGAAGGGGCCAAAGUCCUCAUUUAUGGCCUUGGGGAGUUAAUGUGUAAUAUUCUGAGAUAUAAGCUUGACCACAAGGCAAGACCCUGAGCACGGGCCUCAAGGAGCUGCUGGGAACUGCUACCAGGAGCUGUCACCAUGUCGGAGGAAUUUGAGAUUAAAAACAUGAACAUGAAGCCGGGGACAACCCUGAAGAUCAAGGGCAAGAUCACUGAUGACGCUGAUGGCUUUACAAUGAACCUGGGCCAGGCCUCAGAUAAGCUGAACCUGCACUUCAACCCUCGCUUCAAGGAAUCUACCAUCGUCUGCAACUCACUGGAUGGCAGCAAAUGGGGACAAGAGCAGCGGGAAAAUCACCUGUCCUUCAGCCCAGGGUCAGAGGUCAAGUUCACUGUGACCUUUGAGAGUGACAAAUUCAACAUGAAGCUGCCAGAUGGGCACCAGAUGACCUUUCCCAACAGGCUGGGUCACAGCCACCUGAACUACCUGGGCGUGAAGGGCGGGUUCAGACUCUCCUCCUUCAAGGUAGAGUGA